UUACAAAAGUUGAGUGUUUCGAUUACUAUCUUCUUGCUAAAUAAAACCAAGCAUUACAAUUGUUCAAAUUUUUGACGGUAAUUGUGUUGUAGCAAGUCAAAAGACGUUGAAAAAAAUAUGUUGCGUGAAAAAUCUGGAGUGCUUCCCCAUAAAACUCUAUUUUCUUCAAGGAAUUAUCCCUUAAGGUUCUGUGGAAAUGGUGUCAAAGCUGCGAUAGUGGCGUAUGUGAUCUCUUGUGCUGCUGCUGUUGUUGCUGCUGUAACAACCAAUCCUUCAGAAAGGGAAUCGCAGUCGCUAGACAGCGGGUUGUCAACGGUUGCUAUUGUUGACAUAGUGAUUGGUGCAAUCCUGUUUGUCAUAAUUCUUGCUGUUGGUAUUCGUGUGUGGAAACUCCUCAAAAAGAGAGGUGCUGUUGGUAGCGCUCACAAAAUAGGUGCAGUUUAUGGCGCUCAUAAUGCGGUUGGUGCUUUUCACGAUGCAGAUGCAGGUGUUGGUGCUCACAAUGUAGAUGCAGGUAUAUGGGCUCACAAUGCAGAUGUUGGCGCUCACAAUGCAGGUGCGGUUGGUGGCGCUCACAAUGCAGGUGCAGUAGGUGGCAUUUACAAUGCAGGUGUAGUUGGUGGCUUUCACGAUGCGGAUGCAGGUGUUGGUGCUCACAAUGUUAAUGUAGGUGUUGACGCUCACGAUGCAGGUGCAGUUGGUGGCGUUUACAAUGCAGGUGCAGUUGGGGGCUUUCACGAUGCAGAUGCAGGUGUUGGUGCUCACAAUGAAGAAGCAGGUGUUGGUGCUCAUAAUGCAGGUGCAGUUGGUGGCGCUUACAAUGCAUGUGCAGUUGGUGGCGUUCGCAAUGCAGGUGCAGUUGGUAGCGCCCACAAUUCAGGUCCAGUUGGUGGCGCAAACAAUGCAGGUACAGUUGGUGGCGCUAACAAUGCAGGUGCAGUUGGUGGCGCCCGCAAUACAGGUGCAGUUGUUGGCGCUAACAAUGCAGGUUCUACUGGACAUAUUUCAAAUGGUAACGCUGACAACGCAGGUGCAAUAGUUUCCAAUAUUGACACUAACAGACAUUUGGAAACUGCUUCAGAUUUCAUUGACGACCAUCAAGAUGGCGACACAUCGGAUAAUAAAUUUUGAAAACACGAAAAGACCAAUGCUAAAAAUUUAAAUGACAAAGACUGUUUCGAGAAUUGAGACCAGAUGUAACACACCUCUGCAUAAUUGUUUCCACUGUUAUAAAGAUAGACCAAGGACCGCUUAACCAGCUCCAAUUCGAUCAUCCAGCGUUUACCAAUUUAAUAGUUUUGACAAUUCUACAUCUAGCCUAAACCAGUGAACUUCUUGAUAAAUCUUAAUCUUGCCGAAUUAUAGCAGAACAAUAUCUUAAAGAGAACUUACGUGCAAAUGAAUCAAUACUAAUUAAUUAUAACUAUCAACUUUGUCAACUGCUGCCUCAAUUAAACUUAAACAUAUG